ACACACAGAGACGACAUCGUUACAUGAACAAGUUGACAAUCUGGACACAUACGUUAUACGGCUGUUUUUAUUUCUUUUCAAAGUGAGAUAGAACAGCUAUCUAGAAAGCAGUGUAACGAGUGGAACUGGGAAAUUUCUUAAAAAGUUCCAGACUUUCUGGAAUCACCUGACAUUGCAAUGAACACAUCAGUUCGGGUUCUCCUAUCAUUAUUGUGUAUUUUUACAAGCCGAGGACGUGGACAGAUAUGCAAUACGCCAGGAUGGUUAGAGUUUGAGAAUCAUCAAUAUCAUCUCGUGUUUACUACUCCUAGGACAUACAAUGAUGCUAUGGAAUAUUGUCGAUCACUGGGUGGAGAUUUACCAGUUAUUACUUCCAAUGAGCAAAACGCGUUUCUGAACACGUUUACGAUAGAAGAGAUGGGCAAUGAAUAUAACUACUGGAUUGGCCUGAAUGACCUUGACGGGGACGGCAUAUACACAUGGAUAAACAAUAGCAUUUCAGGGUAUUCAAACUUCCUUCUUACACCAUAUACACCAAACAUCGGGAAUUGUAUUCGGCUAAGGUCAAAAUUUGCUGGACAGUGGGAGGAGUCCGAAUGUACCAACAUGCGUCUACACAUUUGUCAACGCCCUAUAGAUCCCCGAUGUUUCUGGCACCAGUACGGACAAUCGUUAUACCGCUUCAUGGGGGAUGGUCAAACUUUUGACGCAGCCGAGACUGAUUGUAGGAGUAGCGGUGGAAGAUUGGCAAUUAUCAGAUCAACAGAAUUGAAUACAUUCCUCACAUCAAUUGUAUCACCCGCCCUUUCAUCUCCUCAUUGUUACUGGUUUGGGCUAAACCAAAGCUCCGGCAGCGACCAAUUUAUCUGGAAUGAUGGUACUCCAAUAAGUAACCCCAUGUGGGCUCCUGGAGAGCCAUCAAGGUUUACAGGACGGUCGUGUGGGUGUCUGAUGUCUGAUGGCAACAAUGAUGACAAUCACGGCCGAUGGGACAGUAGGACUUGUGAAGAUACACUGCCUUACAUCUGCGAAAGAUCACAAGUACCAAUCACUGGCAAAUGGAUACAUAUCCCUCAAGUGAAAAAUGUUCAGUAUUACUUUUCUUCAUUUUCAACCAACUAUUUCAUCGCACGUGAAUAUUGUCAACAAAUAGGUGGACAGCUUGCCCAGUUGAAAACACAAACUUUACACUCACGAGUGGUAGAUGAAUUUGCAAAGAUUGGAGUGGUCAGGUUUUGGUUUGGACUUGAUGAUCUGACCAGUGAAGGUGAUUUCAGAUGGAGUGACGGAACAUUGUUACGAACAACGGGAUACUCAUCAUGGACUUCAAACCAGCCAAAUAAUUAUAACGGAUGGGCACACUGUGGUGAGGUUUGGGAACGAAGCAGUGGCGCCGGAUGGAAUGACAAUCCCUGCUCCUAUCGACGUGAAUUUGUCUGCGAAAAGUCAGAAGUCACACCUCUUCAUCUACUUGCCAUGACUCCAUCCCCUUUCGGGAGUACCAGGACAAGUCCAAGUUUCUCUUGCAUACUCUCAUCUCACACUCCGCAGAGUACAAUAACUUAUGCAGAAAGAGCGAUUAGACCAAGCCUCACUCCCGAGGGAUACACACUAAACGUACCGGGCACGGACACAUCUCAGACCGGUGGUUUUACACAGACCCUCCCUGAUGAUGCAAAAUCCGUUGGCGUUUAUAAGUGUUCCAGUACAUCUACCAUUACCGGUACUUCGACGUCUGUAGAUGUAACGAUUCUCUCACAAGACAGACAUUUUCAACCAAGUGACGGUCGCCUCACCAAAACAGUUUAUCCCGGAGAUGACUUUACGCUAAGUGUGUCUACCACUGAUAGGUAUUCAUCGGGGUCGUCGGAUGAAAUCCGUUGGAGCACCUUCUCAAACCUUGCUGAAGGAUCUUUGUCUCCAGAGGGAGAUGGAACUCUGACCUAUACUAUUCGUUCAGCGGCUAAAAGAAAUGCAGAUAUCUAUGGAACAUUCAGAAGUAAUACAGUCGAUAACCGUCUUUACAGCUUGAUUCGCGUCAUAGUUAGUGAUUGUCCCCGAAGCCGAUGGAACGUACCGUUGUGUGAUCGUUUGUGUGAUAACUGUUACAAUGGAGGAAUCUGUCAUCCACAAUCAGGAACGUGUAUCUGUCCUCCAGGAUUCAGCGGCAAGAAUUGUCUCACCGCAUGUGGCAAACAUCGUUUUGGAUGGGAUUGUGAACUCGAAUGUGGUGCUGGCGAUGUUCUGGAUGCUUGCAGUGGGAGUCAAAUAUGUCUACCCGAUCCCUAUGGAUGCAACUGCCUCUCUGGUUACACAGGAAUAUACUGCGAUGAACAAUGUACUCCAGGAAAGUUUGGUGUUGACUGCCUUCAAGAUUGUCACUGUGCUGGAGGGAUACCAUGUGAUGCAUUCACUGGAGGAUGUCAAGGUAGCUGUGAAGAUGGUUGGUCAGGAGACGGUUGCCAAGUCCCAAGUGUCUGCCCUACUGGAUAUACCGGAUUUAAUUGCACAGAGUUCUGUACCUGCCCGGAUCACUCAGAAUGUGAGAAGGAGUCGGGGUUCUGUACGUCAACACAAGGACAAUGUGAGAUUGGAUAUGUUGCUCAAUCUCCAGACACACCAGACCGAUGUUCCACUUUUUCUGGAUGUUUUGAGUCUUGCUCGAAAACAUGUCACUGUGCUGGUGGUUACACAGAUUGCGACCAAGAGACCGGGAUGUGCAACGUUUCAUCAUGCCAUCCACGUUGGAUUGGAGACAAUUGUCAAAAAGAUCGUUUUACUGUCACAAGAGAAAAGACGAACCCAGGGGUCGCGAUCUUUUCUUGUUCCUUUACUUCUGAUUCACUGGACAGCACCCUCGUCAUCUGGGCAAGUAUUGGAGACAUCUCAAGAAAUAGUUUGGUGAACGGGCAGGAGGCUCAAACUACUGCCGACGGCGAACAGCCUUCAAUACAAUCAAACUUUACCUUGUUCUAUGAAGGCAUUGACACCCAACCCAUUUAUUGUUUUGUGGGGUAUGCAACGAGUUACGGUGGUUUCGCUUACGCCAGAGUCUCACCGUCUGGGACAUUUGUUCUCCCAAUGAUCAGAAAUCAGCCUCGAAUAGCAGAGCUAGGUUUUAAAAAUGUCGUCAUUGCCUGGGAUUCGUGGAACCCUGAUGUUGAUGUUGGUGAUGGUCCUAUCAUCGGGUACAAGGUAUACGUUGCUACCCCAGAUGGCAACGAAACAAGCACCUUCUUAACAGCUUCGGGUGUUCCAUCAUCACCGCCAGGAUCUGCGCCUUCAAGGAAAAGACGAGGGUAUGGAGGAUCAAUGAAAUCUUCCUAUGAAGUGUUUACAACGGUAAAGAAAGAACGAGACGGAUUGCAGAUGAAACAGCUUCAGGUGAAUCGCUUACCAAAUGAUUCUUCUAGGAAAAAGAGACAGGGAGAUUUAGAUAUUCUGAUGUACAACAUCUCUGGUCUGGACGAUGGUCAGUCGUAUGAGAUUCGGAUUUCAGCAGUUCGUGAGGGACUUAACGGUGAAGGAGGAAAGGGUCCUGCUUUGAAUUUUACCACUCUCGAGAUAAUUGAAGAACCGCCUUCUGGCUCUUCUACUGGUCCAGCCGUUGGUGGCUCUAUAGGUGGAAUAAUCAUCCUUCUGUUGAUUGCUGGCCUGGUGAUCAUAAUAACCAAAAGAAGAAGAAAUCGACCUGAAGAAGUUUCCAAACCUGUGACUUACAAAAACGAAGGAUUCAUCGAAGGCAUUUCCACUGACCUACCAACUACUCGUUUGGAUGAGGGUCACAAACCUACACGAAUUGCAGAAGAGGAAUCAUUAAAGGAUCGUCGCGUCAUACCUGUCUCAAAGUUCGCCACCUUUGUUGACAGCAAUAAGGGAGCUUGUCAAAAGUCCAUGCACCGUUCUAUACCGUCUUUACUGCAUCCGGGUUUUCGCUUCGGCUUUCCUGCCCAACGUUCCCUUCUCUUCAAAGGAACGGCCGCCAUCAAAGGCCCAUUGAUGCCACCGUUCUUUUGUUCGUCUUUCCUGCAAGUCUUAAUUUCUGUCGAAAAACCGGAGAAUCUAUUCUAAAUAGCUCCCUCUACGACCAAAACAAAGGCGUGCCUUCAUAUUUAUUGUCGGAUCGGAGAGUUCGGGUCACU